AGGACAUUCACAACCUACAUUUCCCAGCCAAGACAAUCAUGACUACAAUGCUCUUGAGACAGCUCAUCGCCAAUGCUCCGUCAUCGUUGUCAUGCAAGGACACGGACUCCGUUGCAAUGUCGGAGGUCGACGCCAACAACGUCGAGUCUGACUACUCCUCUGACUCGGACUCGUCUUCUGGCGAUAGGGAUUCGGAUGAGCUAGAUUAUUCGAAAUUGGCUCGCGACAUCAUUCUCCAAUACUUCCACAAGACUGGAGUUCAUCACCGAUUCGGCUCCCGCAAGGCCCAUCCCGAUGUCGAAAAGAAGACCAGAGAGGCCAUUGAGUCUUGGAACCUGGGUCUCGCCGACAAGGUUCGCGAGAAAUACACCAUGACUGGUUUGGACAUUGCGGCCACAGCUUAUCGCCACGUCAAGCCGCUCGAGGUCCAAGUUUGUAUCGCUCUCAAUACCUUCUGCACCGCACUAUUCGACGAUGGUUUCAUGGGCAAAGAAGCCAUGACCGCUUUCGCUCCUCGAUUUCACAUGGGCGUACCUCAGAUGCAUCCUGUACUCGAUCUCUUCGUUCAGAACCUUCGGGACAUGAACGAUAUGUUCACAGCAUACGGCGCCAACGCCUUGAUUUCCAGCUGCAUGGAAUUUGCCAAUGCGGAGAUGUUCCUCCGCGAAGCAAAGGAUCUGCGCUUGACUCCUGAGUCCUUCCAGUAUAUCGAGUUCAUCCGCUUAAAGGAGGGCUUUGGAGAGGCGUACGCCGUGUUCAUUUGGCCGCGAAGUAUGUGCCUUGAUACCAAGGCUUAUAUCCAAGCAAUUCCUGACUGCUGCAACUUCAUCAACCUGAUCAACGAUUUAUUCUCCUACUACAAGGAGGCCAAGUUCGGGGAGACUGGCACUUAUCUUCACUGCUACGGCGAAGUCCAUAACAUGACGGUCCCCGAAGUCUUGCAAAACCUGGUCGAUCAGACAAUUGCGGUAGUGAAGCGCAUUAGGGCUUUGCUAGGAGAAGGGGUCGAGCGGGAUUGCUGGGAGGAGUUCGCGGCCGGUUACACUCAGUUCCAUUUGCACACGGACCGUUACAAGCUCAUUGAGAUUAUGCCGGAGUACUUCUGAUUUUGCCUUUUCCCCACACCUAUUUUCUCCCAGACUAUCAUAAAUGUAUCAAUAGGAAUUGGUUAAUGAGUCAAGCAUCUGUUCGAACUUAUCUGU